AACGCAAUCACACUCUGUGUUGACAUUCAAUGCAUUGUCUGUUGAAUUGUGUCCACAAAUAGCACUCCAAUUGGUCUCAUAUUACAGUCCAUUGUUGUUAUCAUUAGUUGUGUUGUAUUCACACCACUGAAGGCCUCAUUGACCGACACAUGUGUUGACCAUCUCUUCAAUGAAUCCAUUGGUGACAUAUAGGAUGACAUAUAAUCAAAGGGAUCGCAGUGGCCGUCAGACCGGACUAUAUCCGCCACAAACCACACAAACCAUCGCCAAACGGGUCCACAGUAUCACUCCAGAGGGUGAUCGCAAUAAGCGACCCAAAGGUGACACCAAUAACAACAUCACAAGCAAUGGUUCCAAUGGUUUCCUUCGGAGCAUGACUUCAGUGCCAAACAGUAUGACAAGUAUGAGCACAAGUGGUCACCAUUUGGUGGCAUCCAAAGACAUAUCCAAAGACAUAGCCAUCGAUGAGGACGACGACUGGGGGAACCCAUUGAUCGACGAGAUCUUGAGUCAAGCGGCCGAACAAUAUGUUGAGUCACAGUCACACAAACCCGUGGAUACACAGCACCUGUAUGUCAAGAAUGGUAGGCCCAGUGAGACACAGACCACUCAAUUCAUACGACCCGCCCCUCAGACGAUGUCAAUCGAUGGAAACGAUGACAAUCGGAUGAUCACCGAUCGCUCCAAUAGUGACUCGAGUGUCAUAUCUGAUGCCAUUGAGGGUCGCAUUAGAAUACUUGAGUCCAAGAACAAGAUGUUGACUCAAGACGUCCAGAAAUUCAAGACACAAGUGAUUCAGUCGCAGAAGAAGAUACACGACGUGCGCGAAGAGUUCACUCAACAGAUCGGUGACAACGAACUGAAACACGAGUCGGAAGUGUUGUUCCUGAAGAACGAACUCUUCUAUAACCAACAAAUGGUCACUAACUUGAUGUCAAUCAUCGAAAGCAAACCGUUUGCCGACGGAUCCAAAGUAGAGUCCGUGAAGUCGUUUAUGCAGAAGAGGAUUAACUGUCAAACAUUUUCCCAAUUAAAACGUCAAGAGUUCUUCGGUGGACUCGCAUCACAGGCUGUGGCGCCCACUCAACCCAUGAGCGGAUCUGUGGUCUGUUCGACACCCGAUAGGAUGUCUACGUUUAAGAUUCCCAGUGAUAAUAGGAUCAGAUCCAGGGAUUCGAUGCCCACAGAAAUACCAGCCACUCCCUCGCCAUACCGUACCACUAGUAUGCGUUCGUCGCAAACCUCACAACCCAUGCAAAUGGACACCAAUUCAGCGGAGGAUAUAAAGCCAGUCAUAGCGAUAGCGUCUGAGAACCAGUUCGAGCCCUUAAGACAGGCUCUGGAGACCAAAUUCAUGGCAAAUAAGGAUGAUUUGACCGGUUAUUUCAUUGACCAACAAAUUGGCUUAUUUUCUGAUGACUGGAUUCGUUCGCCUCAAGAGAUCAACGAUUGGUGCCAACAAUCCCUGACC